AUGUCUGUGGAAAGAUACAUUUCCAUCUGUUGGGAAAAUGUGCAGAGGCGAAAUUCGGCGAAAAGAGAAUUUCUCUACGUGACCGAAGUUCCGGCGCUUAUUGACGAGCUUCUGGACUUUGUGGGUGUAGCUUCGUUGAUCACAAAAGAUGAGAAACUGCUACUACAGAAAAUCAUACAGAACAAACCGCUUCUGCGAAUACAAAGAUCUGAAGUGGAGUCUUUCUUGCUACGGCUAGUGCGUUGCCGGACGACUGCAGAACUUUUGCUGAAAAGAGCUCACACUUCGGAAUACGAACUCAAACGUUUGGUGGAUGCGUAUCCAUCUUCUAAUCACACGCUUUUCGGCCGGUUUCGGGAAUCGUCGUCACAAGCAGAAAGCACGGGGCCGAAGAUAGAGCUGGACUUUGGUCGGCCCCGAAGUGAGCACGACGAGAGAUUCUAUGGAUCAAGAGAGCCGUAUAGGGUUGAAGAAAACAGGUUUUCCGACGAGGGAGAUUCGGCAUUUCGGAGGAAACCAAGAGACUUGUUUCUGUCUAUGGAGCCUAUAAACUCUGAACCCAAGUACAAGUUCUACGAGCCGAAAAAGUACCGGCUUCCAGGCGAAAUGGACUUUGACGAAAAAGCGCCCGCUGUCACGCCAGAGAACUCCGAAGAUUCGACAGUGACGAGGAUGUGGCAAAAAUUCAAGCGGGGAAACGAUACGUUGUUUGGUCGGUUCUGGCCCAAAACAGAUGACUUCACAGAGCGAAAAGCAGAGGAUCCAGAACUCAAACAGGCAAAGAACCUCAAUCAUUAUGAUGUCAAACUGGAUAAGAGCACGUUUCUAAGAAUGGAGGAGCGCCAAUUGCACAAGAAAAUCGAAGAAUUGGAGUUACUUUGCCAACGCUACGAACGUACUCUCGCGGAAAGUAAACAUGAUGAACAGACCCAGCUAAUCGAAGACCUCAAGCAGGCUAUAGAGAAGCAAAACAAGCUCAUAAUGGAACUUGAACGAAAAGUCAAGUUCUCCAGCAAUCUAAGUUAUGUUCAUCUGAUUCCACUCGUCAGAGAGUUAGUGAUGCUCUAUGCUUAUAACGAUGGAAACAGCAUAGGCACAAUAUUUCUUGGGAUCCUUGCCAUGUUUUUCAUGUUCACUAUUGUUUCCAACGCGUUGAAAUGCAUUUACUAUGUGUCGUUGGCCCUCGCAAGUCUGUUUCAGCGGGCUUCGGCUUCAGAAUCAGACUGUGAGCAAUUGACUUUUUCACUUUCGGGCCAGUGGCCAUGGCUCGAGUAUAAGUACGAUCAGGUCAUGGAGUGGAUGGGCUACUAA